AAGGGAUGGGCAAUUAAGUUGGGCUUUAAAGAUAUGUUGGGCCUUAUUACUGAGGCUCUAAUUGGGCCUCUUCUCUGCUUAUUGACUCUGCUCUAAGCAGGCAGAGUCAAUAAGGCAACAUUCCGGUUAGAGAUCUUUGGCCGCCGGAGAUGAUGGCCGCCAUAAGAGCAGCGAUUCUCAAGCGACAAGACUAUUGUUCUUACAUCAAAACAGCUUUUUUCCAUUCCACUCCCAUCUUACUACGCAAACAUCAAUCCAAUUCAAAAGCUCGAAGCAAAAGGUUGGGAAGAAAGAAGGCAAAGCAAGAUUUGCGUCGUAAUGUGAAUGCUUUUGCACAACACUUAUUCGGGAUUUGGAGUGAUGGGUUUGAUUACUCUGGUAAGCACACCUCGUGGUUUGAGAAACAGUACUCUAGAGUUUCCAAAAGGAAUCGGAAUGGUAAAAGACACAUCCCUCAACAUUUGGAUAAAAGAUGUUUUGAUUUUAGCGAAGUUGAUGAUGGAUAUGAAAUUGAGCACUUUUUGCGGACUGCAUUGGGUGGAUCCCGACGUUUCUCUUGGUCAAACACUCAUGGAGAGGGGGGAACUCGCUCGGGGAGGUACUCUAGCAACUUUAGAAAAUCUUGGGGUUCGAGAUAUCGAUUAGAUGAAGAAGAAGGAGAUAAGUAUUCUUCAACAGAAUCGAGCGACACAGAACCAAACCAGGAGUCUCAUAGACAAGCACUUGGUUUGAGUUCAUCAGGUCCCUUAAACCUUGAAGAUGUCAAAAUUGCAUACCGAGCUUGUGCAUUAAAAUGGCAUCCAGAUCGUCACCACGCCUCUACCAAGAAUGAAGCUGAGGAAAAGUUCAAGCUCUGCACUGUGGCAUAUCAAUCUUUAUGCGAAAAGCUAGCCAUGAACUAAUAGGGUAGUUUAUCACCUCGAGUUUUGAUAAGAGUUGAAUAGGGUAUGAUAAGCGGUUAGCUCAGAGAGAUUGCAAGAUCUUUUCUCUGACCACGGCGAUGCAGAUUGUUUAUUGACUCUGUGUUUGAUACCGACUGCAAUUAGUGUCACUCUCAGAAUGAAUCACAUAUAAACCUGGCUUUUCUCCAGUUUUCUUGUGUUGACGAAUGUA